AUUGAUUUAUAUAUUCCCCUGUCAUUAUUUUUUGCACCUCAUCCAAAAAGCAUUAAAAUGGUGGGCCCCAAGUCGAAAUUUGAGAUAAGCCUCGGGCCAACUUACGAAUACAUUUUGGACACUAUCAAGUCUAAAAACUUUCGUGUCAUACUCAGCAAGUACCAUGAGCAAUUAGGUACUAUUCAUUGCGGCGAUCCGCUGAUUCUUCUCACCAAUUCCAUAGAAGAUUUGAGAAGAACCGAGCGAGAAUUGGAGAAGUACCGGCAGGAUCAACAGUUGAAAAAAGUUGAAUUGCAGAAGGAGUACGAGGACUUCGAGAAGAAGGAGGAGACGCUCCGUAACAACUUCAUUCGCUUUAACAAGUUUAUAAAAGAGAACAAGGAGAAACGUGAAAGAGGUCAAGUUAAAAUAGAAGAGGAUAACUUACUAACUGAGCAACGUCAAGAGGCUCUGGAUAAAGUCAUGAAGAAAUUCAACCACAACCAAAUGAUCAGAACAAAAUUAGAGGAACAGAUCAAGAAGCACAAUAUCUACGAGAAAUUCUUCAUGAACGUUUGCGAGGAGUCGGGAGGAAUGUUCAAUCAACCGUCCGACAUGAUCGAAAGAUACGAAUGUCUUCUGGAAACCAGAAACACAUUGACCAAAAAACAAGAAAACGACUUAAUAGAACUAGAAAACGCCAAAGCAAACAUGAACAAACUGGCGGAAGAGAAGAACUUGAUAAUCAUUGGCCUGAACACAAAGAUGUUCGGGCUGGAAGCACGUUAUGAGAAUUCGAGAUACAGGGCGCAGCUCAACGAGAAUCUCAUCAUGGAGAUAUUGGAGAAGGCGGCGGACAGAGUUGAAGAAAUCUACGGAACCAGGCGAGACAUCUAUCAGAUUUACACCGAGAUGAACAAGGCUAAAAAGAACUGCACUAGUUAUGCAGGUGACGAUUUCGAGAAUCAAUUGGCGUUUAUCAAGAACACUCUGGCCCAUUUCUAUAAGAUGAACACGAGCAGAAGCAGCAAGAAGAAGAUCAUGAAGCCAACGAUAUAGAUUUAAUACAUUUAUUUUUAAAUAUACACUAAACUAUUGAUUAUUA